AUGGGAUUCGGUGCAGAGGAAGAUCGUCUGCUUCGAGAAAAAGGCAAAGCGGCUACGGGCUGCGGCCGCGCGAGCGAAGUGGCCGCAGCCCGUAGCGAAGUGGCCGCGCGAGCGAAGUGGCCGCAGCCGGGGAACGCACAGAGAAUCCACCCGAAAAUCUUCCCGUUGACGCUUGUUCGGUGUGCUCGCCCGGCGGCCACCCGCUAUCCAUUGACACUCGCCUCGACAUCCGAGGUCGGUCAAAAGAAGAAAGAAGACAACUUUAUAUUAAUUAAAAGAGGCGUUCUCAAGAAAAUGACGAUGAUCAAGGGAUGCUCUCGUCGUGAGCUUAUCGGAGAUAUUAAAGUCGAGAUCCAUGACGAUCCAAUCAUUGCCGAAGAGAUGGUCGAAGCGUUGGCCAACAAGUACGACUCAGAGGACGUCCACAAUAGUCUGUCGUCUGUCGAUGUGAAGCGGAUGAGUGUGGAAAUCGAUGACGCUUUUCUGCUUAUCAAUUUGGACGCUUUACUUGAGAGAUUCAAAUUGUGGAAGAGAGAGUUGCCGCACGUUGAGCCAUUCUAUGCUGUGAAGUGUAACACCGAUGUGACAAUGUUACGUGUGUUGGCUGCGCUUGGGGUCAACUUUGAUUGCGCUAGCAAGCAAGAGAUCGACAUUGUUCUGAGCAUCGGUGUCGACCCAAGCCGCAUCAUCUACGCGAAUCCGUGCAAGACUCGAGCCUUCAUCAAGCUGAUGACUUUCGACAACGCCGAGGAACUCGAGAAGAUCCAAGAGUUACACAAUUCGGCAAGAUUGGUACCCCGCAUUGCCGUCUCCGAUCCGACGGCCACUUGUCCACUCAAUCUCAAAUUCGGGGCCGAUCCAGUGCACGCAGCGCCAAAGCUUUUGGCUAAAGCCAAGCAAAUGGGCGUCAACGUUGAGGGGAUUAGUUUCCAUGUUGGAUCGGGGUGCAACGAUUGCUCAGCGUAUGAGAUCGCGAUCGCGCACGCUCGUCGCCUUUUCGAUUUGGGUGAAGCAAUGGGGCAUCAUAUGAAUUUUCUUGAUUUGGGUGGUGGAUUCCCGGGCGGGAAACAUCAUAUCGCUUUUGAACAGAUCUCUGCUGUGAUCUCCGGAGCUUUAUGCCGCUAUUUCCCGGAUCCAGCGGUGCGUGUUGUUGCCGAGCCUGGAAGAUUCUUUGCCGCUCGCCCGUUCACCCUUUGCGCGAACGUGAUCCACUCGACAGCCGUCAACGCCGAAAGGAUCACUCAUAAUGAUAAAGACAUUGGCUCAAAGGGGAUGAUGUACUAUUUGAAUGAUGGGGUUUAUGGAUCGUUCAAUUGUAUUCUUUUUGAUCAUGUUCAUCCAAAAGGGCAUCCAUUAAGGCCAAAAGAGGGUGCUGAGGCGGUGAUGAGCACAAUCUGGGGACCUACUUGUGACAGUUUGGAUCAGAUUGAGGAUAAAAAAAUGAUGGAAGAGAUGUCGACGGGUGAUUGGAUUGUUUACCCGGAGAUGGGCGCUUAUACUUCAGCCGCUUCGACCACUUUCAACGGCUUUCAACGUCCCAUCGCCAUCUAUGCCAUCUCGCAAGCAAACUGGGAAACGAUUGCUGAUCUUCUU